CUCACCCCUUCACGCCCUCCUGUUUGCAUGUCGGUGGCAUGUACAGUGGAGAGAAAAUGAGAUAUAAACCCCUCCGUUGUUGCCGAGAUUCGACGUCCUUCAACGCCACAUUCAUUCAGCAAUCAUGAAGACCUGGGCUCUCGCCUUGAUCUUCUCCCUUGCGGUCUCCGCUCAGACUGACCCCCUCGCUGCCUUCACCCCAUGUGGCAGGGCCUGUCUCCAAUCGGCUGCUACCCAGGCUGGGUGCCAGGGCGUCAACGACAACGCUUGUCUUUGUAGCCAGCCCUACGUAACCGCCGUCACUGGGUGUAUUAUUCCAUGUGGUUCUGCCGACAUCACGGCCGCUCUCGCUGCCAAGGCUGCGCGCUGCGACAGCCCUCCUUCGUCGUCGGCCCCUCCCAGCUCGUCGGCCCCUCCGUCGUCGUCAGCCCCUCCGUCGUCGUCAGCCCCGCCCAGCUCUUCGGCUCCUCCGUCUUCGUCGGCGCCCCCCAGCUCGUCGGCCCCUCCCUCGUCGUCGGCCCCUCCCAGCUCCUCGGCCCCUCCGUCCUCUUCGGCCCCUCCGUCCUCGUCUGCGCCUCCUCCCUCGUCCUCUGCCCCGCCCUCAUCGGCCCCUCCUUCCUCCUCCGCGCCACCCACCAGCGCAGCCCCCCAGCCUUCCGGCUCGACGGGUGGCCUCUCGGCCUGCGCCACCAAGUGCAUGACAGACACGAUCGCGUCGCAGGGCUGCCGUGGCCCGGACGACAACGCUUGCAUCUGCACGAACGCCUUCACGUCCGCUGCGACGCCGUGCGUGCUCGCCUGCGGCGCUGCCGACGUCUCCGCCCUCCUCGCGCAAAAGGCGACCCGUUGCGCCAACGUCAGCUCGGCACCUCCCUCCUCUGCUCCGCCCUCCAGCGCACCGCCUACCAGCGCCCCGCCAACGGGCGCCCCCCCGUCCUCCGCCAGGCCCACCACCCCCGCGCCCCAGUCGUCGGGCUCGCCCAGCGGACCCUCCAGCGGCCUCUCGGCGUGUGCGACCAAGUGCAUGACCGACGCUAUUGCCGCGCGCGGAUGCAAGGGCGAGACGGACAACGCGUGUAUCUGCACUGAUGCGUUUACGUCGACGGCGACGCCGUGCGUCCUCGCUUGUGGCACCGCAGACGUCCAGGCUCUGCUCGCUCAAAAGGCCCAGCGCUGCUCCGGCAACACCGGCGGCAACACUGGUGGCAACACUGGUGGCAACACUGGUGGCAACACUGGUGGCAACACUGGCGGGAACACUGGCGGGAACACCGGAGGAAACACCGGCGGCAGCACCGGCGGCAGCACCGGCGGCUCGAGCGGACUUUCUGCCUGUGCCACCAAGUGCAUGCAGCAGGCGAUCGCCUCGCAGGGCUGCUCCGGCGAGAGCGACAACGCCUGCCUAUGCACGGACGCGUUCACCGCCGCCGCGACGCCCUGCAUCCUCGCCUGCGGCAGUGCAGACGUCACCGUUGCUCUGUCGCAGAAGGCGGCGCGCUGCUCCGGCGGCGGCUCGACUGGUGGUUCUACUGGUGGCUCGACUGGCGGCUCGACCGGAGGCUCCACCGGCGGGUCUACGGGCGGUUCGACUGGCGGCUCUACGGGCGGCUCGACGGGCGGCUCGUCCGGCCUCUCGCCGUGCGCUACGCAGUGCAUGCAGCAGGCGAUUGCGUCGCAGGGCUGCUCUGGCGAGAGCGACAACGCCUGUCUCUGCAAGGACUCGUUCACCGCCGCCGCUACGCCCUGCAUCCUCGCCUGCGGCAGUGCAGACGUCACCACCGCUCUGGCGCAGAAGGCUGCCCGUUGCUCCGGCGGCGGCGCGGGCACGGGUACCGGAACCGGCACGGGCACGGGCACUGGCACCGGCACUGGAACGGGCACUGGCACUGGCACUGGUACGGGCACCGGCACGGGCGGCGCGCCCCUCUCGGCGUGCGCCACCAAGUGCAUGACGGACGCGAUUGCGUCGCAGGGCUGUGCUGGAGAAAACGACAACGCGUGCAUCUGUACCGACAAGUUCACGGCGGCUGCCACGCCCUGUGUACUGGCUUGCGGCGCCGCGGACGUCAGCGCCGUCCUCGCCCAGAAGGCUACCCGCUGCUCGGGCGGCGGUACCGGUACGGGCACUGGUACUGGAACCGGCACUGGCACCGGAACUGGCACUGGAACUGGAACUGGCACUGGCGGCGCAUCGCUUUCGCCCUGCGCGACCAAGUGCAUGACCGAUGCCAUCGCGUCGCAGGGAUGCAAGGGUGAGACGGACAACGCCUGCAUCUGUACCGACAAGUUCACCGCUGCCGCCACUCCGUGCGUUCUUGCGUGUGGCGCCGCCGACGUCUCGGCUGUUCUUGCCCAGAAGGCGACGCGCUGCAGCGGCGGCGGCACUGGCACCGGCACCGGCACGGGCUCUGGCUCUGGCUCUGGCUCGGGCUCUGGUUCCGGCUCGGGCUCGGGCUCGGGCUCGGGCUCUGGCUCUGGCUCCGGCGGCAUCCCCGACCUCUCGCAGCUCACGCCUUGCGCGCUCAAGUGCGUGACCCAAACGGUCGCGUCGGCGGGCUGCACCGGCCCGACGGACACCAAGUGCAUCUGCUCGGAGAAGUUUACGAACGCCGCCUCGACCUGCCUGAUGACGCAGUGCAAGACGUCGGACGUGAUCGCGGCGCUCAACCUCGAGCGCGCCAUGUGCCCCUCGCUCGGCCUGCCGGACCUGAGCCCGCUCAACUCGUGCGCGCAGGGCUGCAUCCUCGACUCGAUGAAGGCGUCGGGCUGCGCCGGCCCGCUCGACAAGGCCUGCGUCUGCGGCGUCAACUACUCGCUCCAGGCGGCGCUGUGUCUUCUUAGCGAUGGAUGCGGGCUUGGCCAGGUCCCGCGCGCGCUGCGCAUCGAGAAGGACAUGUGCUUCGACAAGGCUGCAGGCAAGUGCGAGAGCCAGGGCGUGUUCAAGGUCCUUGACCUCGACUGCUGGAUCCAGCGCCGUGACCUCAGCACCGUCGAAGGCCGCCUCGGCCGCCGCGGCACGCCUGUCGCGCGCGCCGUGCGCCACAAUAUGGUCCUCUAGACCAGGACGAAGCCACCAAGGACACUGAAGAAGAUUGAAUAUAGUUUCCGAAGUUUCUAGCGAGCAACAAUAUAUAGUAGUGCUUCGGCGGUGAUUAUGCACAGACC